AUGGCAGCUCCAAUUUUCCAUUCUUAUUUUUUCCCGGACGAUCUGUCUAGUCUUCAGCCUGUUUCAGGCGACCUCACUCUCUUACAGAAACCUUUUUGUUUUACAGGAUAUCUAGCGGUUGGGCCUCAACCAGUCCUCUAUGCGCUCUAUUGUUCAGACACCCGCCUCGAGGCUCUCAAGUCGCAUGUCAAAGUCAUAGCUCAUGUGUUGCCGAUCAAUCCUCACAAUUCCCUAUGGGAACCGUGCAUGGAGGUACCUAUAUUCGCCAAGAAUCUUUAUUCGCCCGAUGACCCGCCCAUGAACGUGGACUUGAAUGCCCUCUGGUCAAGGCCGAGCAACGAUGGUACCCUUCUACACGUGUAUACAUGGCCUUUGUCGGGCAAUGAGCAUAACACUGUUAUCGUUGAAGCUCUAUUUCCAUUUGGACACCAACCCCGCCCUGAAGCUUAUCUCGAGUUUGAUAGUAAUGCUCUCGCAGAAAUGUCGAACAUGCUGGAGUCGUAUCACGGAGGUUCAGUUGUCCCAGAUUCUUCCAGGGGCUCAUCAAUUGUUCCAGACUCUUCAGUGGCCUCAUCGGUUGUGCCAGACUCUUCCAGGCUCUCGCCUAUCACAUGCAGUCACGAUGAUACCCAACCAAAGGACACUAACAUCCAGGCUGACACGAAUAGCUUGGGUGAUAUCCAGCGCAAGUAUCCGCAAUGGAAAACCGUUUUAGUUCGUUUGCGGAUUCUCAUGAGAGUCGCUAUAUCGUGCGGGGAGUACGGGAACCCGUUCUUACUCGCCCCAACAACUGGUGCAAGUCAGAAAGCUCUUUUCAUCGCCGAUCUCUUCAAUCGAAGCCUGGCUGAAGUCGGAGAAACUCGCACAACCAUGUGCCCCGUGAGGUCGGCUGAUGAUGCGUUUGAAGUGACAGAAGAAGCUAUAUUGGCGAUGGACAAUGGCCUUGCAUGGUUUAUCAGGAAGGAGAUCGCGAAAUCUCUCGUUUUUCAUCUCGUAUUCCGGCGUAGCGUAUCGGCCUACAUACUGAUAGUAAUGGCUGAUUUUGCGCCGGACAUCUUCAGGAACGUUCCACACCCGCCCGCAGAGACAUUAGCGUUUGUGGGGGCCUCCUGUUAUAGCGCCAUUAUCCAAUGGUUAGCGGAUAUUUUAAAGAUGAUGUCAGACCAGGGGGAGUUCCCAGCUAUCGACCUAUCAGUAUAUCCGCCGGUCAGCGAUAUAUAUGACGAACUCCUUCAGGCGGUUGCUCUCCUAUUGGCACAGAAAGACGACCCAGAACACCCGGCAUUCGUGAACCGCUUGGCGAGCUUUUGUAACAUCCUGAAUUGUGAGACCGCUACAGUUGCACAGCCACCGCUGACCAAAGCCGUUGAUCGGCUUGCAGACCGCUAUCCCAUAGCCGCUGCCAAACCUUCUUGUAUUAGUUCAUUGUGUCCUCCUCCCCUCACCACUCCUUCGACAAAACACAUUCUUGAGAUCGAACACACCGAGAAUGCCCUCAAGUCUUGGCUCCAGAAACGGGGACGCGAAAUUCUUCCAGAUUCCCUCUUCGUCACGGUUUCCGUGCUAUUUGCAUGGGUCGACCCCCUUGACCUCAUAGCUGUCCUACAAGUGAGCCUCAGAGUGGUUGCAAUGGAAGAACUCUUCCAGCAAGAAGAGCUCACUUGCGUUUCAUUCCUUCUGCAAGGAGGGCGAUGCUACAUGGAGGAGAGGAUGUAUCGUGCUCAGAUGGAAGUCACUUUGUUCAACAAAGCUAUUGCGAACUUGUGCGAAGAGUUUAAUACGAAAUGUCGCCCAUCUCCAGCACCCCUGCCAAAGUACACUAGCACUAUAAGUGCAUGCCAAACACCUCGCUCGGACGAAUUUGAAGGCUUUCGGCUUCCAACUGCUGCGCAUCUCAAAUGCCAGCAAUGGCUUUCCACGUCAUCGGAAUUUCUAGUGGAUUUCCCACAAAUUCAAGAAAUUCCCCAGCUUUACGAAAACGUCUUAAGGCCCAAUGAUCGAUUUCUUUCGCUUCCUUUCUUGAUGAAGUCUUGGGUUGAUAACGUCACAUAUCGCGCCUACAUCAGCACAUCCUCUGCCGACUGUGCAGACACCAAGCUCCUAGGUAUUGGCAUUGGCGAUAGCCUUAAAGCAAAGAAUGAAAAAACCCCGGACGUCCUAAAAUCUGAUUUCCACAUCUUAGAGUUGAAGAAACAUCGCGCACAAGCCGAAGUGGAGAUGUUUUCUGAAGCCAUAUCACGCACUACGGGGCCCCGGUUGACUGAGAAUGGCAUGUGCUCAUCUCAUGGCUCUGAUGGGACAUAUGAAUCAUGUCUACCUGACAAUUCUUUUGAUGAUUGGUUUGAUGGUUGGUUUGAUGGGUUUUCGACGUCAUCUGGAUCUUCCAAUGCCUCUGCGCUCUAUUGA